AUGUCCCAAGCCCAUGCUCCUCAUCGGUCUCUGGCGCUUUGGGCCCUAGGUGCCGAUGGCGAUGUCAUUGCAGCAGGAUACGAGAAGGAUUGCGGUUACGAGAAGCCAGGCAUCCCAGCCCCCAGGAAGAUCACCAGGGACAACUUCAACGAUCAUUUGGGGGAUGAGACAUUCUAUCGCGCCUAUCUAGACUUUUUCUCCGAAAUCCUCGUGCAAAAGGGGAUCAACGCGACCGUGGAGGAGUUCCUAUUCUCACCCGAAGCCAAUAUUGGGCGGAACAAGAAUAUACCUCAAGAGAAGCAGCCGCGAAUGCUCGCCCGCUUCUUCUCUGGAGUUGUACACCCGUUGAUCCACACCGGUUAUGGUGUUGAAUUUGGCCUUCCUGGCUUGGUCGCCGAAGGUCUGGCACAGACUGCUGUGCAUGCACCUGGUGCAUCGGCGCUUGUUCCUCCGGAGUUGUUCGAAAGUUCCACAUUCAGCGCUUUGAGUGGGAUGGCAGAAUCCGCUGGCCGCGCCCUCCAAGGCGCUCUUGGCUCCACCGUUAACAAUUUGGACAAUGCCUUCGAUUCGGUCUUGCAGAAGACACUUCACCUGGGAGAUGCGUCUCGGCGUCAGGCGCCAGAAGCAGGCGCCAGAACGGAGGGCUCUCAACUAAACAUCGAAGACCGAGUGGCUGUCCAUGAUGUCCAUGCGUUGGACAUUUUGGGCUGGGUUUCUGAGGAUCUACGAUUUGCUCCUCCCCCAAAGCAGGAGGAGAAAAACUCGUUUGAUCGCACUAUCGGGAAGCACGCGGGCCCGCUGCUCAAGUUUGCGAACAUGUGGAAACUCGACGUCAACAAGUUAGGCACUGACCCGCAGUACCUGGAAAGUAAAAUCGAGGAGCUGGCCUGGACGGUCACCACCAUGUACGGGGUUGGUGGAUGGACGGGAAGAGGGACGAACAAAGAUGGAACUGAUGCUCUGUUCAACGCCGAUUUCUUCUUAAUGCACUUGGUGACCUCGUCGCUUUUCGUCCCUUCCAUUUGCGCAGCCAUCUUGCCUGUGGCGCGAGGCCGUUUCCUCCACACCUAUCUGGCCGUCGCCCUGGCGAUGUAUGUCUUCCGAGGUGCCCCGCCUCUCGAUCUCGUCGGGUUCUCCAAGUUGAAAGUGAUGGGACCGUCCGGACCUCAACCUCAUCCAAGCAAAGACACGCUUCCAUCUCCGACCUCACCCAAAGCCAUCAACGCGGACCCUUGGCUUUCCCUUCUUCAAACUAGCAUCGUCCAUCCCGAUGAGCACCUCACAAAGACCCAAAGGUCUCUUUCUACCUGGGCAUCCCACUUCGGAACAAGGAAGUUCACUUGCAGUUCGACUUCCAAGCUCGCACCGGCUGGUGGCGGGUCCGAGAACCAUGGUGAGGUGGCGGCUGGGUUGGGGAUGGGGUGGGGUGUUGACACAACCAAGGGGAAGGUUGACACCAAUUCUGACUCAGAAGCCAUCCCAUUGGAAUGGUCUGGCGCUGAGUGUUUGGAUGGGAACAUUUUUAUUCGGACUGCGGAAUUGACCGCGAAACGAAUGGGUCGGGUUAGAGAGGGGGAAGAGACUGGCGAAUUCUGGGACUUCAAGGGGUUCUAUCAAUGGGAUACCAAUCCCUCGACGGAGAGGAAGGCCCACCUCUGA